AAUCUGACCGGGACAGGGAGGAGGGGGGUGAGGGAUGAGGGAGGCCACCGGGCUUUCGCCUCUUUCUCCCUUUUCCCUCGCAGCAGCCAACACAGCCGCAGAGCGAAGGCACGCAGGACAUGGUGAGAAAAACCAGUGAUUCUCCUGCGAGGCGGCUCGGCCGGGGCUCAGGCUGAGGGUCUGGGCUGCGGGGAGCCCAGCUGGACCGGAGCCACCGUUUCUCCGGCAGAAGGAGCGACUGAGCACAACCUGUUACUUCCCAGACGGGCCUGUCAGAGGGGGCUUUUUUGGCUCUGGCCUCCCUGAGGAUGUGAGGAUUCUUUGUGGGCUCUCUGGGACGAGCGCUCGGUGCUGGGUGGGAGUUCAUGGCCAAAUGUAAAGCCGCGGUGGUCGACGACAAGCACUUCAGAGGGACGAUGUCGGCCUCCCAGGGGAUGAGCCGCACCAGCGUCUACAGCUACUUCCUCAACAUGGUGGCCUAUCAGAUCUGCUGCUGCUGUGGACCGGCUCCCUGCUCGCUCUGCUGUGCCUUCUGCCCUCCUGUCAAAUCGUCCACCAGCACGCGGGUCAUGUACACCCUCUUCCACAUCAUGAGCUGCGCCGUCUCCUGCCUCAUGUUGUCCCGCACCGUCUCCGAGCUCGUCAGGGAGAAUGUGCCUUUCUUCAACGUGGUGUGCGACCAGGCGCACGGCGGCGGCCACUGCGAGAUGCUGGUGGGCUACUCGGCCGUCUACAGAGUCUGCUUCGGCACCUCCUGCUUCUACCUGAUGAUGGCCAUCUUCCUCAUCGACGUGAAGUCCAGCCAGGACUUCAGAGCGCUCAUACACAACGGGUUCUGGUUUUUGAAGUUUAUCACCUUGCUUGGGAUGUGCACUGCUGCCUUCUUCAUCCCCACCGAGUCUUUCCUGCACGCUUGGCAUUACGUUGGAGUCGUGGGAGGGUUUGCCUUCAUCCUCAUCCAGCUCAUCCUCAUAACAGCUUUUGCACACACGUGGAACAAGAACUGGUUGACCGGAGCAGCAGAGAACAAGCGCUGGUACCUGGCGGUGAUGUGCGCCACCCUCUUCUUCUACACCAUCGCCACCAUGGCCUUCACCUUCAUGUACAAGUACUACACACACCCCAUCGCAUGCCACUUCAACAAGGUCCUGCUGUGGGUCAACCUGGGGCUCUGCGGCCUCAUGUCCUUCAUCGCCGUCACGCCGUGCGUCAAGCAGAAGCAGCCUCGCUCUGGGCUCCUCCAGGCCUCCAUCAUCAGCUGUUACGUCAUGUACCUCACGUUCUCCGCGCUGUCCAGCCGUCCGCCAGAGAAAGUGGUGUACCAGGGCAUGAACAUGACCGUCUGUUACCCCAGUGUGGGGCAAGAUGGAGUGAAGAACGAGGGCAACGCUGUGGCCAUCAUUGGAGCCGCCAUCAUGUACUGCUGCGUCCUGUUUGCUUGUAACGAAGCUUCGUAUCUGGCUGAGGUGUUCGGUCCAUUCUGGAUGAUCAAAGUGUAUCGCUACGAGUUCCAGAAAGCAACCUGUUGCUUCUGCUGCCCUGAGGAAGAAGCAGCUGAAGAGGAGUUUGUGGUUGAUGAUGACAACAAGGGCUGUCAGAAGGUUAUCCAUAAUGAGACCCAGAGGGUGGCGUACAGCUACUUCUUCUUCCACUUCGUCUUCUUCUUGGCCUCGCUCUACGUCAUGAUGACCCUCACUAACUGGUUCAGCUACGAGUCGGCGGUGCUGGAGACCACCUUCACCCACGGCUGCUGGUCCACCUUCUGGGUGAAGAUGUCGUCCUGCUGGGCCUGUGUGAUCCUCUACCUCUGGCUGCUGCUGGGCCCGCUGUGCAGCUGCCAGAACGAGUCCAGGCCGCGGCGUUCUCGCAUCAAACGUCGCUCCGCGUCCAGCCGGCACGUCAGCGUCAGCGUGUGACGGCGUCUGCGGGCGGGCCCGCCUGAAGGGAGCCAACUAAGCCCGGGCGAGGACCAGGAGACGGACGAGUCGGCGCUGCCCGAGGCGCCCUGGAGGUCGCUGGGAUCAAAGACUCGCAGAGUUGUGAGAAAACGAGCGAGAUGCGUCGGCCAUCGCUGCAGAGUUGAUGCCAGAAGAACUGGCCCUGA